GAGGGCAGUUGAGCCAGCACGCUAUUUGUUUGUUAAGCCAAUGGAGCCUGGAGGGCUUGUGAAAUGGCUGGGUUUCCAUUAGUGGAGGAGAACGUGUGAACGAACUUUCGAACCUUGUCCGAGCGCUUCAGCGCGUCCGCGUGCUGCCCGGAGCCUCUUCUGGAAGACUCACCUGCAGCACACAGAAAAUGAAAUCAUCACAGAGAAAUCAACAAGACAUCUUGAACCAUUCUCUAGGAGCUUUUGAAAUCCUGCCUAGAAGGUGUUUGCAAACGUGUACUUGACUUCAAGGAGCCUCCGGAGCUUUCAGCAGAGCCCCCUCUUGCCGAGUGACCCCUGGGUCUUCAUGCAACCAUGGAUCUGGAUAAACCGUCUGUCUGGGGCUCACUGAAACAGCGAACCAUGCCUCUGUUAAUCAACUUGAGCAAGAAGAAGGGGAAAAAGAACGCAAACAAACCCCUUGACUUAAGAGCAAGACACCACCUGGAUCGCCGCCUCAGCCUCUCUGUCCCUGAUCUCCUGGAGGCCGAGGCCUUGGUCCCAGAGGGCCGGCCAUACUCGGGGCCAGAGUCGUCCUACACCUCCGUGCCCAGCAGCCUGUCUUCUGCCGGGAUCCUUCCCAAGAGUAGCAGCAGUUCCUUGAAGCAGUCUGAAGAAGAGCUGGACUGGAGCCAGGAAGAAGGGGGCUAUGCUCAUGUGUUGGAAACAGACUCGGAGGAGGCCUAUGUCUCUCCUGCUGAGGACCGCAGGGCCUCUAGCAGUGGCUUCUUUGAUCUGCUCCAGAAAACUCCCCUUGUGGAAGAUGCGUUAGAGAAUCCAGAGAAGCCGUGUGGGGGUGUGGACCUAAACGCGACUGUGCCUUCCCAGUCCCUGGAAGAGCCAGAGGCUCUCGGAGAGGCCAGCGAUGGCGUGAGCACCCUGCCCAGCUCCUUCGCCUACCUGCUCACCAUCCACCUGAAGGAAGGCAGGAACCUGGUCAUCCGAGAUCGCUGCGGCACGAGCGAUCCCUAUGUGAAAUUUAAGCUGAAUGGGAAGACGCUUUACAAAAGCAAAGUCAUAUAUAAGAACUUGAACCCGAUUUGGGAUGAGAUAGUCGUGUUACCCAUACAAAGCCUUGAUCAAAAGCUACGAGUGAAGGUAUAUGAUCGAGACCUCACUACUUCAGACUUCAUGGGCUCUGCUUUUAUAAUUCUCAGUGAUCUGGAACUAAACAGAACAACUGAACAUAUUUUAAAAUUGGAAGAUCCCAAUAGUUUAGAAGACGACAUGGGAGUGAUUGUGUUAAAUUUGAAUCUAGUUGUAAAACAGGGCGAUUUCAAGAGACACCGGUGGUCAAAUCGAAAGCGACUGAGUGCCAGCAAGUCCUCUUUGAUACGUAACCUGCGGCUCUCCGAGUCCUUGAGGAAGAACCAGCUCUGGAACGGGAUUAUAAGCAUAACUUUGUUGGAAGGAAAGAAUGUCUCAGGAGGAAGCAUGACAGAGAUUUUUGUCCAGUUAAAACUGGGAGAUCAGAGGUAUAAAAGUAAGACACUGGUUAAGAGUGCAAAUCCGCAGUGGCGGGAAGAGUUUGACUUUCACUACUUCUCUGACAGGAUGGGCAUUUUGGACAUUGAAGUGUGGGGAAAGGACAGCAAAAAGCAUGAGGAGCGCCUGGGCACGUGUAAGGUGGACAUCUCAGCUCUUCCUCUCAAGCAAGCCAACUGCUUGGAGCUGCCGCUGGAGAGCUGCCCUGGGACACUCCUGCUGCUGGUCACGCUCACGCCCUGCACAGGAGUCUCGAUCUCCGACCUGUGUGUGUGCCCCUUGGCAGACCCCAGGGAAAGGAAGCAGAUCGCCCAGCGAUAUUGCUUACAGAACUCUCUGAAAGACAUGAAGGACAUUGGCAUCUUGCAAGUGAAGGUUUUAAAGGCAGCAGAUCUCUUGGCAGCAGAUUUCUCAGGGAAAAGUGACCCUUUCUGCUUGUUGGAGUUAGGUAAUGACCGGCUGCAGACGCACACCAUUUACAAAAACCUCAACCCUGAGUGGAACAAAGUCUUUACAUUUCCUAUUAAAGAUAUUCAUGAUGUUUUGGAAGUGACAGUGUUUGAUGAAGAUGGAGAUAAACCCCCUGAUUUUCUUGGAAAAGUUGCCAUUCCCUUGCUGUCCAUUAGAGAUGGACAACCUAAUUGCUACAUGUUGAAGAAUAAGGAUUUAGAACAAGCUUUUAAAGGAGUUAUUUACUUGGAGAUGGAGCUCAUCUAUAAUCCGGUCAAAGCGAGUAUUAGAUCCUUCACUCCCAGAGAAAAGCGCUUCAUUGAAGAUGGCCGCAAACUCUCUAAAAAGAUCUUAUCGAGGGAUGUGGAUCGUGUGAAAAGAAUCACCAUGGCGAUAUGGAAUACAAUACAAUUUCUUAAAAGCUGCUUCCAGUGGGAAUCUACAUUGAGAAGUACAAUAGCAUUUGUGGUAUUUCUGGUCACUGUGUGGAAUUUUGAGCUGUACAUGAUCCCCUUGGCAUUAUUGCUGCUCUUCAUCUACAAUUUCCUCAGACCCACAAAAGGGAAGGUCGGCAGCAUCCAGGACAGUCAGGAGAGCACAGACGUGGAUGACGAGGAUGAUGAGGAUGACAAGGAAUCCGAAAAGAAAGGGUUCAUUGAACGAAUAUACAUGGUGCAGGAUAUCGUGUCAACUGUCCAGAACAUCUUGGAGGAAUUAGCUUCUUUUGGAGAAAGAAUUAAAAACACAUUUAACUGGACGGUCCCCUUCCUGUCGUUCCUGGCCUGCUUGAUCCUGGCAGUCACCACCAUCACUUUGUAUUUCAUCCCACUUCGGUACAUCAUUUUAAUCUGGGGCAUAAAUAAAUUUACGAAGAAACUCCGAAACCCCUAUGCCAUCGACAAUAAUGAGCUACUAGACUUCCUCGCCAGGGUACCCUCUGAUGUUCAAAAGGUGCAGUACGCGGAAUUGAAAGUCUGUGGCAGCCACAGCCCCCUUCGGAAGAAGCGCAGUGCCCUCUAGACCCACACCCACCGGGCACUGGCACUCGAGUCCGUGUGUGUGGAUGACUCCGCUGUCGUGCUGUUGUGUUUCUGAAAGGCAGACUCUCCCUUUUUCACCCGCACAGAUGCACACACACCUGCACAGCCCUGGAGGCGUUGUGGGCCAGCCCAGCAAAAGGGAACAAUCCAGAGCAAAGGUCCAGUGUCCACGCUCGAAGGGAGAUGAAGCUCGGCCGCCCUGGGCCUGGACACCAUCCUUGAGGAAAAUCCAGAAACACUUGGCUUUGAGAGUGACUUUGAACUUGUUUUCACACCUCUGGAAGGCUCUCAUUAAGAUUCAGUUAUUUCCACUCCCUACUCUUUACAGAUUGUUGUUCAUGUGAAUUUUUUUUCUCAGUCUUAGCAAGUCUUGGAUAACCGUUGUCUACCUAAAUAAUGCACAUUAGAAAUCAAUUUUUAAAUAUUUGCCAGGAUUAGCCCAAAUCUUUGAGAAUCACUCAGCUCUAAGGCCUGCAGGUAGAAUUCCAGUGAAGUCCACGGUGCUGGACACAGCAUGCAUCAGGGUCCGUUGCUGGCAAUGGAUGUCUGGGAGGGUCCUCAGGGGUGACCCCUCCAAAGAAGUCUAGGUUUCCUGAAAGUAUCUGGUUGCCUUAAAAUGCCAUUUCUUUUGACUUUUCAUUUUGUUUAUUUCCAAAAUAAAAUGUCUAUAUGAAAACUUCAGAAAGAACGAGAAGCAGGAUGAAUGGAUAAAUUCCCAGCAUACUCAGAAAGAUAAAGACUAAGCGGCCAGGUUAUUUCUACCUGUGGCUGCUUCCCUAAUUGUCCCAAUCUGUUCUUGCCUGAGUUUUUGAGCAGAAAGUAAAAAUACUUUAGCAGUCCAAAUUGAUCUCUGUUCCCCUGUGGGCAAAAUCAACUACUCGUUAUUAAAAUAUAUCUCGGAACCCUACUUCCAAAGUGUACCAACCCGAAGUCUUUCUUUAAUUUUCAGAUUCCUGUGUACCCCACCAUUUCACUGUACCCUGCCUAAGUAAAAAUCCCAACAUUGUGUGUAUAUAAAAUGCAUGCAGAUACCUUUGUGUUCAAAUGAUGUUUAAGUUAUAAAAACUGUAUUUUGUUGACACAUACCUUGUGCAAAAUAUAUAUGUGUAUAUACACACACAUAUAUGCAUGAUAUGUAUGUGUAUAUAUGUGUGUGUAUACAUGUAUGUAUCUAUACACACAGUAUGGUAAAGAAAAGUUUGAGAUAAAAACACUGAUUUAAUGGUGAGUUUUACUAUGUUCUUCCCUCCUCUGUGUUGUAAUUUAAUAAUCUUCAAAGAAAAUGUUUAUGAAAAAUGCCAAAGAUUCUAAACCUUAUCAUCCCGUGUCUGUUUUUCUUC